AAAACAGCAUGGCGGCUGACAGAAAUUCGGAAGUGCCAGUGACGGUGAUCGAAGAUGAUAUGUGCCGGGUGGGGAUGAAACCAGUUUGGGGAUUUGGUAACCAGCUCUUUACAUAUGCCAGUGCUGGCAGCAUAUCAUUUAGAGAUGAGCCAAGUGGGGUCCCCUGCCCAGGAGCUCAGGUUCAUGAGGUAAAGUGGGCAACAGAUAUGCACAAUGACUACACAAGGAAACUGGUCAAUGAAUCUCACAAUAUCUUCAUGAGUCUACAACAAAGUCAUCAACCUGAUACAGAUGGCCCAGGGUCCUCCACUAAGCCACAUCUCCUGAAGGUUAGCAGACACUAUAGAUCUGUAAUAAAGGCCUGUAUCAUGGAUUUACAGAAUGAUACUCUUGAGUCCACCAUGGAUGAAGUACAGAAGAAUUACUACGAAAAUCAAAUACAGCUGCUGGACAUGAUUGAGUUGAUCUGGAGUUUAUGUGAAAUCCUCUUCAUUGACUCUGCACCAGGUGGCAUGGUGUUGCUACAGCUCCUUGACUGGCUGAAGUGGCACUUCACAGAGGGAGACAAACUCGCAGCUAGUGUGAUGAGAGACGAGCAUCCCAGUGAUCAUGAUCAGUACUGGCCAGCGGUGUAUUGCUAUCUCUUGCAAGGAAGAGUUGAAGAGACAAGGAAGUUACUCUCAGCUCAUAGCCAGCACAACACUGAAACAUUCAGGUGCAUUGACGAGUUACUCAGGAAAAUGCCCAUUUUCAAGUAUUUCACCGGACAGUCGUUGGCCGAGUUUGAUCUACGGUGGCGCCACUGGCAAGAUGAAUGUGAAAGUCGACUUGAUGAGCAAUUCUUUAUUACUGACACUAAUUUGGAACUUGUGUGUCGGAUUCUUUGCGGUCAGAUGGAUGCUUUCAAGGAACUGCAGGGGUUCUGUGAACCUUGGUAUCACAUGUUGAUCUCCAUGCAGUUCUACCAGAAUCCAACUGUCAAAGUAUUUGAGUUACAGCAUUAUGCACAGGAAAGCAUUGAUGUCUGUGCUGGCAAUGCUCUCUUGGCUCCACUCGACAGUAUCCUUCUGGCAGCCCUGGAGUUUGAUAUUCACCAGGUCAUUAAGGAGAGCAGCACUCACCUGAGUAACUGGUGGUUUGUAGCCCAUCUUACUGAUCUUCUUCAUCACUGUGGACAGCUGGAACUUCAGAAACUCAACUUUGGUUCAAAUCUCCGGGAAUAUCUUCUUCUUGAUUAUGCAUCCAGUUUGAUGUCUCAUUCAAGCCUUUGGCAAAUUGGUGCUGACUACUUCGAUCACUGUCCCGAAUUUGGUCGACAUUAUUUACAAAAUUACCUGGAGCACAUCCCUCUGGAGACUGAGAAGAAGGCAUUGAAAGUUUACAAUGCUUGCGAGAAGAGGGGUAUGCAUGAGCAGGUGAUCAGCAUCUGUAAAGUGAUGAGCAUGACAGCAUUACGGAACAAGCGAUUAGGAACCGCUCUUACAUGGUGCUUAAAGUGCAAGGACGUGUCUCUUGCAACAUAUCUAUCACAGAAAUUUCUUGAUGAAUAUAGCGAACAUGGUAGUUUUAUUGACCUUGACCUUAUAGACAAUCUUGGAUCAACCAUGUUGCUAAGCAACAGAUUGACAUUCCUUGGUAAAUACAGAGAAUUUCACCGGCUGUAUGAAGAGGGGGAAUUCCAUGAGGCAGCCAGGUUACUGCUGUCACUGCUCACUGCCAAAUUAGCACACAGAAAGUUUUGGUUGACCCUCCUUACUGAUGCCUUGCCAUUGUUGGAGGCAGAUGAGGUGAUAUUCAAUAGCCAGCAAACCUAUGAACUGAUGCACUGCCUCACUGAAAUCAGACUUGCUUUGAAAUUGGAUGAAAAGUCGGGGAAGAAGGUGGCGAAGUCAGAGGAGCAGGACACAAGUAAGCUGGACAUCAUGAAGUUGGCAUUGGCAAGGAAUCUGGCCCGGGCAGACAUUCUUGAAGGAUCAAUUAUCUCGUAGGAUUCCCGCUUAAAUGCUGUGACUUUCAAUGCGUGUUUGGACAUUUUCUGGUUUGAAUGGACUGGUGUAAAAGAACAAUAGCAACUGGCUGGGUUGGAAACGCGAAAUUAAGUAAUCGUGUUAGCAACGAUGGAAUAGGCAAUGCCUCUUUCCAAUAGACAAAACCCAAGUUGCCUGAUUCUGCCACAACCUGUGCACAUCCAGGCUGGCUUCUACUGACAGACAGUCCCCCCCACUUCUUUGUGUCAUCAUGUCCUACUGUCGCAUCAAUAGCGUGAAUGCUUGAAAAUUUUGGCUGGGACAGUGCAUUGGUCCUGUAAACUCCCCACUUUUGCUGCCAAAUUGCCUGCUCAUUCACAUUACCAAUUGAGGGUUUUGUAUGCUUUUUAAUUGAAAUAAAUUGCAAUAUAU